GUAUUUGCAGCACAGUUCAUUAUGCGCGAAGAAGACCAGAGUUACACCCCGCUUUCCCAGGGGAAAACGCUCAUGUUUUCGCCCUAGAUACCUGCCUUCUCCCAUGAUGAGGCUGCACGGCAGUGUGUUAACGUUAAAUCAGCUGCAAAACCCGGAGGGCUGAGUGGAUGCGGUGUCCUUUACCAGCGCAUCCUGUCUACAUGUCUACUGAUGAGCAGAGGAGAUGACAGACUUGUAUGGCAUAAAAUUCACCCAGGAGUGAAGAACCACCCGCACCGACAAGCGUGAAAGAGAUCUGGAAGAUGUCAUCGUGGCUAGACUGAGGCUAGCCUGGUCUAAGACUUAAGUAACGUUAAUUACGUUGGCGCACGUAUCCGGGCCAGUUGGACUGGACUGAUAGGUGGAGGGAGGGUUAGCUGUGCUGUGGCAUUGAUGGCUGCACCUCGGUGUCUAUUUGUCUGUGCAGCUCUUAGAUACUAGCUACGACUCUGACUCCAUAUUUCUAGCUGCUAAAAUUGUGAAAUAGUGUUUUAGUAGCAGUUUUAAUUCGUAAGGAUAACUCAAACCCUAGUUGUGUCGUGUAGGUUCUGUUUACAUCUCCAUCCAUGGUUACUGUUAGCAUCUAGCUUAAGCCUAACCAGGCGUUCACGCCACUGACUCGCACUGCGCCUGUCAAUAUGCAUACUCGUUAGUACAGUCCUUAUCACACAAGGUUUUGAUGCAGGUUAUAUGGUUUAUUGGUGCUAUAAGAGCACGGGGGCGCUGAGAUAGGCCACCUGUGGACUGUCACAGGCUUCAUGUCCAGGUUUUUCCGUGAACGAAAACUAGCUGGGAUUAAGUAUUACUGACUGGACCAUCAACAGAAAGUACAAGUCCAGUUGCAAAGACCUGUAAAGGCAGGUUUUACGCACAAGCGCACCUGUCAUUCAUUCAUAGUGCAGCCGAAAGGGAGAUACCCGCAUCAUGGAUUUGAACGACAGCACUUCAUUGGCCGAACUUAUGGCCAGAUACCAGUCCACUGAAACUGGGUACCGGGUGCCAAAGGAUGGAUGGAGGAUCUGUCUGGCUCACGAGUUCAAAGAGAAAAGAACACCGUUACAGGCCAAAAACGUGUCACUCUCCGACAUAGCCAAACACAUUGGCUUGGGGCUCAGGUAUCUAAAAUGGUGGUACAAGAAAACACAGGUGGAAAAGAAGGCACCCUUUAUCGACAUGUUUCGGCCAUUGCCUCUGAGGCAAAUUUAUGGUGCACCUCUUGGUGGUAUUGGGGGAGGUACCAUUACCCGUGGAUGGAAGGGAGAAUUUUGUAGGUGGCAGCUCAACCCAGGAAUGUACCACUACAAAACAGUUAUUGCUGACCAGUUUACAGUGUGUCUGCGUAGAGACAGUGGGACAAUUUACCAGCAGGUGUUGUCUACUGAGCACCCUCACACGCUGCAGGGUUGGAACUGGGGUUACUGUGGCGAAUAUGGCUUUUACCAUGCUCUGUACCCUCGAGCCUGGACCGUCUACCAUCUGCCUGGCCAGAAUGUCACGCUCACCUGCAGGCAGGUGUCACCUGUCAUUCCACAUGAAUACAAGGACUCCAGUCUUCCUGUUGCUGUGUUUGUGUGGGAUAUAGAGAACAAGAAUGACUAUGCAUUGGAUGUCUCCAUCAUGUUUACCAUGGUCAAUGGGUCAGGCCACAAAGACGAUAAAAGCGGGGGUCACUGGAAUGAACCAUUCAACUUGGAAAAGGAGGGAGAGUCUGUGUCUGGGGUUUUGCUCCACCACUGCACUUCUGUGAAUCCUUACACUCUAUGCCUGGCAGCGCGAAAACAGUCUGACAGAGAGAUCAGCUAUCAGACUGCAUUCAGUCCAAAGGGCACCUGCAGCGCUCUGUGGAGUGACUUCAUUAAAGAUGGCCGGUUGGACUCACCUGAGGGUCCCAGCCCUCCCACACAAAAAGGAGAGACCGUGGCAGCUGCACUGGCAGCGGGCUGCUCUGUGGCUGCUCAAGGACACAACAGUGUAGAGUUUAGUCUGGCCUGGGACAUGCCAAAAAUGACUUUUGGCUCAAGAGAGAAGGAACACAGGAGACGAUAUACCCGUUACUAUGGCACCAAAGGGGACGCAGGCCCUUCUCUCUCUCACUACGCACUUACACACUACAAAAACUGGGAGAAGAGCAUUGAGGAAUGGCAGAGACCCAUUUUGGAAGAUAGUUCUCUUCCUUCCUGGUAUAAAUCAGCUUUAUUUAAUGAGCUAUACUUUGUUGUGGAUGGUGGAACUGUAUGGGUGGAGCUUCCUGAGGACUGUGAUGUCAGUGGAGGGCUCCGCCCUCAAGAAGGUGGUCUUCCAGCCCAGCCCCCUAUCAUCAAGGAGUAUGGCCGCUUUGCUUAUUUAGAGGGUCAGGAGUACAGGAUGUACAACACAUAUGACGUGCACUUUUAUGCUUCUUUUGCACUCAUCAUGCUCUGGCCCAAACUGGCUUUGAGUCUGCAGUAUGAUAUGGCUGGCAGUGUGGUGCAGCAUGACCCCACAGAAAGGAUGAAUCUAAUGACUGGUAGAUGCUCAGCAGUGAAGACCCAGAAUGUAGUGCCUCAUGACAUUGGGGACCCAGAUGAUGAGCCUUGGACGCACCUCAAUGCUUACCAGAUUUACGACACAGCUGACUGGAAAGACCUGAACUUGAAGUUUGUUCUACAGGUUUACCGUGACUACCACCUAACUCAAGAUACACAGUACCUGCAGGAUAUGUGGCCCAUAUGUCAGGCAGUUAUGGAGGCUGAAUUGAAGUUUGAUAAGGAUGGGGAUGGGCUGAUAGAGAACUCCGGCUAUGCUGACCAGACUUACGAUGGAUGGACUGUGACAGGACCCAGUGCAUACUGCGGGGGUCUGUGGAUAGCCUCUGUUUGUGUAAUGUGUAAGAUGGCACAACGUCUGAAGAGUGAUUCUGUAUACGAACGCUACCGAGACAUCUUGGAGCGAGGUAGCGCAGCCUUUGAUAAGCUACUGUGGAAUGGCAAGUACUAUAACUAUGACAGCAGCGGGCGAAGCCUGUCGAACAGCAUUAUGUCUGACCAGUGUGCAGGUUAUUGGUUCCUGAGGGCAUCUGGACUGGGAAAUGACGAGCUCCAGACUUUCCCUAAGGAGAAGAUCCGUAGUGCUCUUAAAUCUGUGUUUGAUUUUAAUGUGAUGAGCUUUGGUGGGGGGCAGAUAGGAGCUGUGAAUGGAAUGAGACCAGAGGGGGUGCCUGAUCGCUCCAGCAUCCAAUCAGAUGAAGUCUGGGUUGGUGUAGUCUAUGGAUUGGCAGCUACUAUGAUUUAUGAGGACAUGCUGGAGGAGGGCCUGCACACUGCUGAAGGUUGUUACCGGACAGUGUGGGAACGAGCAGGAAUGGCUUUUCAGACUCCUGAGGCAUACUGUGAGAAGGGAAUCUAUCGCUCUCUGGCCUACAUGAGACCUCUCAGCAUCUGGGCCAUGCAACUGGCCCUGGACAAAACUGGCCAAAGCUACAGACCCAGACAGCCAUCAAAUUCCUGAGGAGACACAGGGGCUCAAUGAAGUCAUUAAAGAUAACUGCUGUUUUCUUUUGCACAUAAGCUCUCUGACCCCAACACAUGUUACACUUUGUAUAAAUUCAAAUGUGAAUUAAAACUGACGUUUACUCACUGAAGAUGCAUGUGUAUGUAGCAAUUUUGAGUUUAGUUUUGUGAAUGUGGAUGCUUCCAUUUGGGGUACCAGGUUUUACAGACACACAAUAUUCCCCUCAGACAAACUGAUCAAGGCUUUGGUCAAAGUAAUGAGAACUAGACAGCCAAGGCAUGCGUUUGUUUAGCUACUUCUAAAGAUAGUGUGAGGGCUAAUGAACUUGAAAUUACUUUGCUGUGAUUUAUGAUUCAUUCCUGUGUGAGGUAGCGUCCAUCUGCAACUUUGACUCUUUAUCUUAAACAUACAGAUUUUAAAUAAACAAAUAGACCAACUUGAGUUACUUUUUAAGACCUGAAUGAUUUUGAAUGCUUGCUGUACUCAGUAUAACUGUUGCAGUCCACUAGGUGGCAUAAUAUCACCAUUCAAUAUGAUAUGCAAACUGAAAAACAGUUUGCAUAUUGCACAACUGUAGACUUGUAGAUGUUACUGUUUCUUCAAUGGACAACAUUAGGUAAUCAAAUAUCAACAGGGCUGAAGGCUAAUUUAAGUGUCCCGUUUGAUCUAUUCCCUUUCAUAUUUUGCUACUAUGUAAAACUGAAACUAUGUGUUUUAAGUACUUGCCAAUACUGAUUCUUACACCAUAAUAAAUAACCUACUUAGAAUCAA